AAAGAAAAACACGCGCUGCUGCUGACGGCAAAUCGAUUUUCCGAUCAAUUCGCGCAAGUGUUGGUAUUUUGUUUUCUCGAGUGCGAAAGGAUUUGCACAAAAUUGCAGGUUUUAACCGAACGCCUGACAACAUUCACGGCCCCAGCAAUCGCCCGGAAAAAUGGCCCAAACCUUCGCCGAGGACCAGUACGGUAAAAAGAUCGAUCGCUGCCUCACCGAUACGCUGAUCAAAUUCGGUGGCGGUUUGGCCCUGGGUACGGUGUUUUCGGUUCUAUUCUUCAAGCGGCGGGCUUGGCCCAUCAUCAUGGGUUCCGGUUUCGGCAUCGGGGUGGCCUACACCAACUGCGAACGUUCCCUGAAUGGAAAGUGAGAUGUGUAGGUAGUAUAAAAUGAUUAAUGGAAAUUAUAAAAAUGGUCUACAAUGUUAAAAA